GGUCAUGAUUUGCACACCCCUCUUGGACACCCCCCCCUUGGCCGCUCCAGAGGGGGGUCUGGCGCAGAUCCAGGAAGUCCGCGUGGGGCUCCCAAAGUUUGUGCUCGUGCCGGCUUCCCUUCCCCUGGAGGAGGCCGAGGCCGCGGCGGCGCGGCGCGGGGAGGAGGAGGAGGCAGCGGCGGCACGGCAGAGGGCCGAGGCGGCCGCCGCGCGGGAGGAGGAGGAGGCGCGGGCGCAGCGGCGGGAGGAGGAGCGGCGGGCGGCGCGCGAGGCCGAGGCGAGGCAGGCCGAGGAGGAGGAGGCCGCCCGCGCCGCGGAGGAGGCGCGCGCGCGCAGGGCGGAGGACGACGCGGCCUGGCGGGCGCAGGUGCGGCGCAACCGCGAGGAGUGGCAGGAGGAGCUCGCGCAGAGGCAGCGCGAGGAGGAGGAGGCCGCAAGGGAGGCGUCGCUGCGGGGAAUGUUGCUGGAGGAGUGCGCCGCAGAGAGGGCCCGCGAGAGGGCCGCCGCCGGGCCCGAGGCCGCGGCGGAACCCGAGGACGGCCCCGAGGACGGAGGCGGCACGUUCCUGACGGCGCUCACGAGCUUUGGCGACGGCGGCCGCGGAGCGCAGGACUCGGAGGUGCUCCUGCAGCAGCUGCACGCGGCUCGGGCCGCGGCCGACGACGCCGAGCGCCGCGCGGCGCAGGCGCGGCGCCUCCGCGAGCUGGAGGAGCAGCACGCGCGGGAGGAGCGGCUGCGCCUGCAGCAGGAGGAGGCGCUGCGCAGGGAGGCCGCGGAGGCUCGGCACCGGGCGGCGCGGGCAGCGGCGGAGGAGGCGGCGGCGAGGGCGGCGCGCGAGGCGAGCGCCGCGGCGGCCGCGCUGGAGCGGGAGAGGCGCGGGAUGGAGGCGGCGGAGCGCGAGGUGCGAGAUCUCGAGUUCCGGGCCGCCAUCCAGGCCACCAGGGCCCGUGAGAGGGAGCGCGCUGUGGAGGAGAGGGCGCGCCAGGAGCGGCUCGAGGAGGCGCGGGCGGAGCUUGCGGCGCGGGCGGCGCAGGAGGCCGAGGCGGAGCGGGCGGCGCUCGAGGAGGAGGAGCACGAGGCGCGGCGGCUGGCGGCCCUCGAGCUGGCGGCGCGGCGGCAGGCCGAGGCGCUCGCCGCCGGGGCGCUCGCGGCCCAGGC